AUGGAACCAAAUCCAGAUGCCACUUUAUCUAUGCCUCUUUUGAAUGGCAUGGCAGAGGUGGGAGAAUUCGAGCCCCCACCGACGCUGUCACUCUCAUCGGUGGCAGCACUGACACUCAACGACAAUGACACAUGGCUUCGGCUAAUGGAACAGCAUCCACUAGUCCUGCGGAAUUUGUUCAAUGCAGCAACGCAAGGGUUAAGGCACAGCGGUGGGGAUGGCGGAAAUCGAGCUUUCAUCGGAAUGAGUGAGCUUUCAACUUCACUGGCACCAACAGAGGUGCAAGGUGGUCCACUUCAAGCUCCACUAACCCUGAAGUCAUCGCCUUCAGAGGCACUUUUAGUCCCCAUCGGUUCGCUACUGGCGAGCCCCAAAAGACCAUCUCCAACCUCCUUUGUACUGGAAUCCAACUGUCCCUUUGUCAUUAAUAAAUUGCCGGCACAAAAUUCCACCGAGACCUUUAAGGACCGUGAGGAUAGGCAGUUCAGCCCCACUGAGGUAGAGGAGAAUCGAGAGGAUGGACUGCCUGUGAAGAAGAAGAUAGCCACACGCGAGACAACUUGUCUCCUUAAAAAUUGGCUCUAUGAGCAUCGUAAGAAUCCUUACCCCACAAAGGAGGAGAAGGUGAUGCUGGCCACAGUGACGCGCAUGAAUCUAACUCAAGUCUCCACUUGGUUUGCUAAUGCGAGACGACGUUUGAAAAAGGAGAAUCGACUGAGUUGGACUACCAAAAAUCGUACACUUCCACCACAGCCUCCGCCACCACCAUCAUCGGCAACUCUUCAAACCUUACCGUCAGUGUUUUGGAACGAGGAUUGCAGCAUUGUUAGAUCUCUAGCCACUCAGGUCCACUCCCUUCUGUGGUCUCAAGUAGUGAAAGAUAUCAAAUCCUGUAUGACGAAGAAUGAAGUAGAAAAGGAGGCGCCUGUGGAACCGACUUUGGCGUCGCCUCCUGCACCCUCCACGCUACCGCCUUCACCAUCUUCAACAAAAAUUUGGUCGCUGGCGGCGCUGGUUGAGGAACAGCCGCCUUGCAAUGAGCUUUCUGGUGACUGA